AUGGAGCCUUUCAAACUCUCUCUACCAAAUGGCGGUAUUCUAUCCGGCCGCUAUACCUUUCCCCCAAGAGAUUCCAAAUCAGUUCAGACACGUCCUCUCAUUGUGUGCAUUCCCGGUGGCAGCUACGACUCUCAGUACUUUGACGUUCAAGGAGCUCAAUCCGUAUUCAACCUGUCAAGCUGUUUGAAAAUUCCAGUCAUCGCAAUAGAUCGACCUGGCUACGGAGCGAGUACGCCAGCUCCCGACGUUGAAAAUGCACCGACCUAUGCCCAAGCACAAGGAAAGUACCUCAAUUCAGUGGUCUUCCCUGCGUUGUGGCAAGCCUUUGCAGAUCGUGCAGAAGCGUCAGCGAUAGUGCUGCUAUCACAUUCGAUCGGCGCAAUGAUGGCAACGAUUGCUGCUGGAUCUUACACCGGCCUGGAGAAUUACCCGUUGGUAGGCCUUAUAACAUCUGGUAUUGGCAGCGAGAUUGAGGAAGGUCCGAGGCAAGGCGUGUUACGUCUAUUGGAUGAACCAGCCGAGUUUGUUUCAUUUGAGGUAACACCAAAAGACGCCAUGAUGUUGCAACUCCCUCAUAUGAAUCUCACACCGGUCGAGAUGCGUCAAUUUUCCGAGCAGCUGAACCAACCGGUGCCCAAAGGCGAGAUACUGGACAUUAACACGACCUGGCUUGGUUAUUGGAAGGACUAUUCCACAAAUGUCAAGGUUCCGUUGUUCUAUGGAUUGGGCGAAUUCGAUGGCCUCUGGACCUGUUCUGCGGAUGCAUUCGCCGUAUAUAAGGCCGCCUUCCCAAACAGUCCGAACGUGACGUGCGAAAUGAUCCCCAUGGCCCCGCACUGCAUGGAGUUAGGCUUUCAAAGCCAGGCCUGGUAUAUGAAAUGCUUCGCUUUCGCGAUUGAGUGUAUCGUGGCAAAAUCACUGCGUUCUACUGGGUAA